UCACGUGACGGCGUCGCGCAGUGACGUCACUCGGACAUGGCGCCAGCACUGGCGGCGGACCUUUGGUCUCCCGGUUGAGAUGGAGCAAAGUUUAUUCAAACGACGGGAAGUUGACCUCGGAUCCCGUUAAAACCGAGAUCUAGAAACAUUUCCCGCGAUCAUAAGCGACACACGCGUAUAGAGCACAACAUGGAAGAAAAACAGCCGUGUUUUGAUAAGGCGCUAAUGCUAGCUCGUUUGAGCGGUGCGGCGGGUGGUGUUUUGACAGUUCGUUAAUUAAUGUGCGUAUAAAUUAUAGUCUGAAACGAUUGUAAACUAUCAGUUUUAGUUUCCAAGACAUAUAUGUAUUUAGUUGACUCGUAAACGUCCUGCUGGGUUUUGUAGCUGCGACAGAAACGCUACGUGACGUCACUUCCGUAAGUACAGAUUUGAGCCACAACAAGUGUUUUUAAUGGCCACACAAUGAAGGCUCAGCUUCAGAUAACAGUUCUGUCCGCUAAGCUUCGGGACAGUAAGAAGAACUGGUUUGGGCCCAGUCCUUAUGUUGAGGUGUGUGUGGACGGCCAGUCGAAGAAGACGGAGAAAUGCACCAACACUCACAGUCCCAAAUGGAAACAGUCUCUCACUGUGAUCGUCACCCCUUUCAGCAAGUUAAUUUUCCGGGUUUGGAGUCAUCAGACACUUAAAUCGGACAUUUUGCUGGGCAUGGCCGCUCUGGAGGUCAGCGAGACCUUAAAAGCCAACAAUAUGAAGAUCAGUGAGGUGGUGCAGACGCUGCAGUUGAGUUCAGACAGAGAGCGUGCGGAGAUGGUUGGAGAUCUCUCAGUGUGUCUCGAUGGACUGCAGGUGGAUCCCGAGACUUUUGCUUCUGAGGAACAAAAGCACAUCACAGAUGCUGUUGUAAAUGGAGAAUCCAAACUGAACGGGGAUGUAGCAGGAAGUCGACAUUCUUCCCCAUCCAGUGACAUCGCUGAUGAAGCACCGCUGCCCAACGGUCAUGCAGUGGAAAAUACGGUGUCUGCCUCUCCAUCCGCAGGGGCCCUGAGGCCACCUCGACCCCAGCGGCCGCCACCCGCCUCACCGCAUAAACCUAUUUCCUCCACAGCGUCCUCUGCUGGCUCGACUCCCACUCACGGCAGCAGCGCUCCCAGCCCAGAAACAUCUCCACGGGUGUGUGAGAACGGAGAAACAGAGAGUCAGGGGUCAAGCUCAGGUUCAGGGUCAAACCAGGCCCCGAGGGCCAGUACAACGCCACCCAGAGCUUCACUGAUCAGUAACGGCCCUCUUCCUCCUGGCUGGGAGCAGAGAGUGGAUCAGAACGGCCACGUUUACUACGUGGAUCACAUUGAGAAAAGAACCACAUGGGAAAGACCAGAACCGCUACCAGCAGGCUGGGAGCGUCGUUUGGACCCGAUGGGCCGUGUGUACUACGUGGAUCAUAUAAACAGAACCACCACAUGGCAGAGACCCACACUCGAGUCGGUCCGAAACUACGAGGAGUGGCAGAACCAGCGUAGUCAGCUGCAAGGAGCCAUGCAGCGCUUCAACCAGAGAUUCAUCUACGGACUGCAGGAACAGCUCGCGCCCACAGCUAAUAAAGAGUUUGACCCUCUGGGUCCUCUGCCGCCGGGAUGGGAGAAACGGACAGACAGUAAUAGGAGGAUGUAUUUUGUUCACCAUCCUACGAGAUCCACACAGUGGGAAGACCCUCGAACACAAGGGUUGUUGAAUGAGAAGCCUUUGCCGGAGAGUUGGGAGAUGAGGUUCACAGUGGACGGGAUUCCCUAUUUUGUCGAUCACAACAGGAGAACAACGACAUACAUCGAUCCCCGUACAGGAAAAUCCUCCCUUGAGAACGGCCCUCAGAUCACAUACGUACGAGACUUUAAAGCCAAAGUGCACUAUUUCCGCUUCUGGUGUCAGCAACUAGCAAUGCCUCAGCACAUUAAGAUCCACGUCAGCCGCAAAACACUGUUCGAGGACUCGUUUCAGCAGAUUAUGAGUUGCCAUCCGCAAGAUCUGAGACGGAGACUGUGGGUUAUUUUCCCAGGGGAGGAGGGACUUGACUAUGGAGGCGUGGCCAGGGAAUGGUUCUUCCUGCUGUCUCACGAGGUCUUGAACCCCAUGUACUGUCUGUUCGAGUAUGCCGGCAAAGACAACUACUGCCUGCAGAUUAACCCCGCCUCCUUCAUCAACCCUGACCACCUCAAAUACUUCAAGUUCAUUGGCCGGUUCAUCGCUAUGGCUCUGUUUCAUGGGAAGUUCAUAGACACGGGCUUCUCUUUGCCUUUUUAUAAGCGCAUCCUGAACAAACCUCUGGCUCUGAAAGACCUGGAGUCCAUCGACCCGGAGUUUUACAACUCGCUCAUCUGGAUCAAGGAUAAUAACAUAGAGGAAUGUGGCUUGGAGAUGUAUUUCUCGGUGGAUAAGGAGAUUUUGGGAGAAGUCACCACACAUGAACUCAAACCUGAUGGAGGAAACAUUCAGGUGACAGAGGAAAAUAAAGAGGAGUAUAUCAGGUUGGUUGCUGAGUGGAGGUUGUCCAGAGGUGUUGAGGAACAGACUCAGGCGUUUCUCGAGGGCUUUAAUGAGGUCUUGCCGCAGCAGUACCUGCAAUACUUUGAUGCCAAAGAGCUGGAGGUGAUGCUGUGUGGGAUGCAGGAGAUCGAUCUGGGCGACUGGCAGAGGAGCACCAUCUACAGACACUACGCUCGCAGCAGCAAACAGAUCGUCUGGUUUUGGCAGUUUGUGAAGGAGAUCGACAAUGAGAAGCGAAUGCGUCUGCUGCAGUUUGUGACCGGCACGUGCCGACUUCCUGUCGGGGGAUUCGCUGACCUUAUGGGGAGCAAUGGGCCGCAAAAGUUCUGUAUUGAGAAAGUGGGAAAAGAAAACUGGCUGCCAAGGAGCCACACAUGCUUUAACCGUCUGGAUCUGCCGCCCUAUAAAAGCUUCGAGCAGCUAAAGGAGAAGCUGCUGUUUGCCAUCGAGGAAACGGAAGGCUUUGGUCAGGAGUGAUGCAUGCACACUUUCCAUCCGCUUUCACCGUCAUAUCAAACCGGUGCUGCUACGAGGGAGAAACGCUCUGUAUCCAUUAGCUUAGGUUUUUUUACCAUCCUCUUCUGAUUUUACGCUGCCUUAGUCGAUGAUGGAUGCACAGCAAUGCAGCGCCCCUCGGCUCACUCGAUGCACACUGUGUGACCCUCGUAUUAACCUUUUCAUGACUGCCGCCCGUCUCUACUGUAGUAAUGCACAUGCAACAGACUUUUCCUCUAGAACUUGAAGUUCAAUUGAGUUUGCAUGGUAUGUGUCGGAAUGAGUCUCAUCUGUUGUGCGUACAUGUACAGAGGAGUGCAAGACGCAAUUUCAUAUGGUUUGUAUUGCCACUGCAGAUCUGUACCUUCAUGCAAACAUGGGUUUACCAAUUGAAAAAGGUUGCACUUUAUUAAUGAAAACACUGGCAGAGUGAUAACAGCUAAUAUGAAACAUGCAGCAGGUCAUAUUUCACCUCAAAAUCAAGAGAAUUAGAAAUAUUAUUUUGCAUGAAGAAAAUUAAUAGUUUUUACAUUAUUUUCAUGAAAAUCAAGCACAUUUUCCUUUUAAAAUGAACUUGUGAUGCAAGAAAAUCUCAUUCUCUACUGAAAAAAAAAUAGCUGCAAAGAAUGGGCUUUAUGUUCUUCAUGCAAAAUAUAAUUUCUUUUGAUUUCGGGUGAGCUGUGACCUAGAAAUG